AAAGAGCUGCUGUCACGGGUGCACUCCCUUUUGCCCUGGGUGCAUCGAGACUCCCAAUAUUUUUUUUCCUUCCCUCCCAAACAUUUUUGAAAUCAUAUUUCCUUCAUUUAUAAACCUCUAGUCGUCCCCCCUUCCACCCGAAUCCCUGGUUGAUUGAACUGUCUUGACUGAUAUGUGAUUAAUCUUUUCUGUUGUUCCUGGUGAAGGAACGAAGCCUGGACACUAGUUCUAGGCAACUGGAGGUUUGUAUUAGAUUGAGUCCAAAAUAGUCGAUUGUCUUGGUUCACUUAGUUUUGGGUUCUUUUAUUUUCCUUUCCUUUUUUAUUUUAUUUUUAUUUUGUUUAUUUUAGUAUUCCUUUACCGUCCUUCGUUCAUCAUAUCCUCCUUCUCUAUCUUCCCAAGUUUUCCAAGGUCCCCUACCUGCCUUAUCACUUUAAGCCGCUAUAUUUAUUUGUUUGCCACCACCGUUCUGCCCGUUCUCAUCCGUUGAGCUUUCCCCUCCCGAGCGGCGGUAGGCCUGGGCCUAGACCACCCGCACCCGCACCCGCCCGCACCACCUGAUCCCAGUACCUGGAACCCGAACCCUCAGCCCACACCCACUUUUGGUCAAUCUGGGCACUCCCCUGUUUGCCGCUGCGCGUUGGCACCGUAACUUUUCCAUCCCGAUUCUCAAAAGUUUCCAAACUCAAAAAAGAACUUAGAAUACCAAAAGAGCAGGGGAAGAGGGACCCGGGUUUUGCUAGUGGCGGCGUCAACUCGUUCAUCCCAUAUCCGGCUUGGGCCAAACUUUCCCAUCAUUCCUCCAAAUGGAGGCCGGUCAUGGAGGCGCCGCCGUGGCCAACAGUACUCUCAGCAUCUCGGGCAUACUCCAUGCUGCCGCCGAGAGCAGAGAUGACUUGCUUGUACUCGCUUCGUUGGCAUCCAAUGUCGCCGACGCUUCAGACGCGGGCCGGGCUCUGCUGCAGGCUACUGACAGACUCCAGAGGAGCGUUGAUGUCGUUUGCAAUUUGAUGCGGCAACUACGAGCGAGCAAGAAACGGCUCUCUCCUGUCGUCUCGAAUGGGGCAAUCCCAGAUCAAACUCGGAUACGAAUGUUACAAGAGGACCCAUCACCCCUGGCCGUCUUGGAAAAACAUUUGAGCACAUGCGUCGCCGACAUCAAGCGCGUCAUCCACGGCUUCCGCUACUCACUUUCAGUAUAUAAUCAGCCUAAGGACCCGAAGCAAGGGUUGGAGGAUCGACGAGCGGCUUUUGAGGCAGCUUUAAACCAGCUGGCUCAUAUAACAGUUCUGCGUGAACAGGCUCUCACACAACACCUGAUUGGACUUGGUUGUUAUGUUGAUCAUCUGGUAUCACCCAGCUCGACUUCCAGUGGGAACAGUGAGCAUGGUUGUGGACAUGUCAAUGAUGACGAGACCAAGCCCAAGGCUGGACCUUCAGUAUGCAGACAUGAACAUUCGGCAGCUCGUGGCGGAGGAAGGUGUCUUAAAGAAGAGACCGCGACCAUCCGUGAUCAAUCACCUUCAACUGUUGAAAGUAUGGUAAACCGCAGCGGCGACAAUAGUGUCCAUACAAAGAGCAGUCUCGAGACCACCGUCAACGGAACCGCUUCUCCUCUUUCGGACUCGAUAUCUGGAGAUUCCACUGGCACCGUCAAUGUUUCUGGCCAGAAAAGGAAAGCUUCUCCCGACAAAAAGAAAAAUGCUUCCUUGUCACGCAGACUGGCCGAACUCAGCCUCAGCAGAUCUGGUGACAGCGCCGAGACCCAAAUAAACAGCCAACAGCCUCGGCACGAGUAUUACUACAGCUGCGAUGCCCUCGGUGGCAUUGACGAUGGAGCUGAUGAGCUUGAAGACGGAUCAUUGAGCUGCAGGUUCUGUGGAAUCCGAUUUAUACAUGACGAUGAGACGACGGCAUAUCGCCUGGGUGCACAUCUCGUGCGCGCCCAUUCCUUUGGCCUGUGCAAUCUCAAUUGCACCUUUUCUUCUCAGGAAGCUCUUAUGGAGCAUCUAUACUCGUUUCACGGAUGGUCGAGGAUGUCACAGGAUCGAGAGGUCAUAGAUCACUGGUUCCGAAGGCAAAAGGAAGUCGGGGUGCCACUGGAGCGUGGCUGGAGACUCCUCACCUUGGAAGACGGUGACGCCCAGCCUCUACGUGGUUUGCGAGAGACACGGGAAGAGACAGGACUGUUGCUGCUGCAUGUGCUCAACACAAUUUUGUUGGGGGCAGACCUAAACAUCAGCAUGCUCCCUGAGAGGCCGGAAACCACACCACCACCACCCACCGAGGGUUCGGUUGCAUUCGAUGCAGGGCAGGUACCGAUGGCACACCGGUUCUGCCAGGCGCUCACAAGCUUGGACAAACUUGCUCUUGCAGAUACGGAUGCUCCGAAAGGAGCAGCGGCAUCACCAGGCUCCAAAUCAGCGCACGGAUCCAGUGUCAAACGUAGAAAUCGCGCGGUCCUGGAGGAAAUGAUGUACCAUGCGGCAUGCGUGCAACAGGAAAUAGCCAUCAAGAGCGCCGUCGGCGAUGAAGACAUACUACGACAUGAGGCGCUUUACACAGCUGAGCAGUACAAGUUGGACGACCUGGUUUGCAUGUACUUUCCGCCGAGAGCAUCGCCGGCAGCUGAGAGGCACAGAGUCUGGCACGUGCGUAUCGCAACCGAUGAAGGUGGCGACAGGAAGGCUAAAUUACGAGCUCAGAAGCUGCGCAAUAUCGAGGGCUUGGGUAUUAAGCGCAUAGAGUCCAACCGGCCACUUCGAUCUUUCAGGGACGCAGUGCGCGUGCUCGGUCGCGCGCAUAUGGACCAGUCUGGUGCAGCUGGUUACAUCGGUGUCAUGCCUCAGGUCCUGAAGGCAGCGGGGCUACUUCUUUGGCAAGAAGGUCGUUCGCCGGAAGCACUUCGUCCGGGAACGUACGUUCCUCUCAACGCGGAAAAUCUUAGGGUUCACACAGAACUGCAACAGCGAGAUACACACCUGCUUGCCAACACGCCAUCCCAGCGAAGGUUCCGGUGGGUCUCGGGUGAGCGGUUGGACUGGUGGUUUCUCGGCAUGGUGGAGAGGUCGGCGUCGUUUCGCCGACUUAUCAAGAGUGGCUGGGCUUUCCCUCCAGGACCGCCAGGUGUUCCCGCUUCAGAAACGUCAAAACUUUGCAAAUCCAAUUCCGUCAAAGACUGUGUGGCGGCUGAUGCACCGAAAACUCUACUGACGCCGUAUGGGUGGGCGGCAAACCUACUCAGCUCGGCUGGACUGCCCCAAGGGAAGGCGGUUGUCAACGCUGUUCGUAGCGUUGGCGGAGAGGCGAGGAGCAUUAUGAAUGGAAACAGGGUUACGGCUGCUAGCAGAGAUCCAGCACCGCAACAGGCGCUGGCCGCUGCACUAGCAGCCCACCAACAACAGGAACGGCGUCAACAGAACAUGAACAACAGCCACCCGUCACAGGAGCGCAUGGUCAAGCGGCCGCAGACCCCCGAUAUCAGCAUGGUUGGUGCCGAUUACGGGACAUGUUCUGGCAUGUCAGUGGAAGAAUCCAAUAGUUCAUCACAGUGCAGCCAAAACCCAGAAUAUAGAAAUGGCUCGCAAACACUCCAGCAGGCAGUAGAAAACAACAUAUCUAGACCGGACUUGAUUCCAGGGCCGGUGAAAGCCCCGGCUAUCGCUGCGGAUUCGAUUGCAGAAGAGGAGGAUGAGUCUGAGGACGACGACGAGGAAGAUGACGAUGACGAUGACGAUUACGAUGUCGAUGAUGAUGACCAAGAAGAGACAGGAGACGACGAAGACGAGAUAACAUCUGACUCAUCUACGACGUCUUCGGAAUCGAGCUCCUAGUUUCUCAAUGCAACGAUGCUGCUUUACGGUUGGAUAUUCCAGAUGUUUCAAAACGGAUGGCUCUAUUUAGCGAGUCCAUCAAAAAAAGGCGUUUAUGACUGGGCGUCCGCCACUUAUACCAGAAAAGAAGAAAAGAAAAACGAAAACAUACAUGCAGAGAUAUCAGGAGUUCGGCAGCGGUAGGAAGUUUGUGAAAAAAAAAGAGUUUGGGCAGGAAUUGGAUAUUUGGGGGGAAAAACAAAAACAAAAAGGAUCCCAAUUUAUGGGGUCUCAUAAUGACGGACAUGACAUAAAAUUGGGAGCAGAGCGAUCAACUUGUUCAUAUUCGCAUACAGGUUGGCCAAAACUGUGAUGCCACGAUGCCGUUGAUGUUCACGUCUAGAGUCCUGAUCUUGAGGUCGUGUUCCGGUCUUGGUAACAUGGAGUGGUUUAACGAUGCAUGAAUCAAAAUCUUUAUGAGUACAGUCGGAAAGACCACCGGAGAAGACCUUGGCUCGGAGUUUCCCAUGGUAAAAUGAGCGCAGGAUAUCCUGUCCGGGGCCUAGAUUCAGAAAUCAUGGUAUAAUCACACUGAAAACUGGCUCGACAGAAAUUACACCUACCAACAGGUGAACAUAAAUUGCGGUCGUGUGUAACAACCAAGUUGUGGGAACACAAAUGCGUAGGAAAGUGGACGAGAAAGUCGUAUCAUGCCAAAAAGAAGCUAACAACAAAUAUGCUCAUCUAUACAGAAAGAGGGCGUCAACUAUCACUAUACAUAAGCGUUUCAUACACCAUAAAUAAACACGCCAGCUCGGGCAAUCAAC